UUGUCCGAAUUACAUCAUUCUCCCUAAAAAUUUAUAUAUUACAUUUAAACCCACAAAAUAGCAUCUGUUUUUGGGUAAGGCUGUUAGGUUCAUUGAAAAUUUUCGAAAACCCAAAAUUACACUUCAAUAUCUUCAAGCCAACAGGUGAACUCGGCGACCGACCAGGCAAGGCAAGCAGGCCGCUAGCGACAGGAAGGCUUCUCCUCUCCGGCGAAGGGUACUCUGAACGCGAUAGGUUCUCCUCUUCGGCGAAGGCAAAGCGUGAGCGACGAACCAAGCGACAAGAGGGCUUCUCCUCUCAGUGUCAGGAGGAAGUUCUGAGAGCACCAAGAAUCUCAGGCGAUGGGCGACAAGCGACGGAGACAUUCGACAGGAGCGGACGACUUAAUUUCUGUGUAUAUUUACCAACCGAGAUGCGAGUGUGUCUUCAAUUUCAAGUAAUUUCAAACUUCGUGCGGAUCGGCCGGAAUUGGCUCUGAAAUAUGGAGACUACAAUCGUCGUUGUCAUCGUCGGAGGAAGAGGAGGCCCAAGCGGCACUGGCACGGCGGAGCCUAAGACGAUCUCGAAACGAUUCCCAGCACUUGCUAUUGGGACCGGACAUGCCUCUGGUGCCUGAUAUACCUGGUUUUUGCAGGUUUGAUAUUUGAUUUAUAGAAUCGGCAUAACUUCAGAUCUGAUCGAUUUGUAGAUUGACAUCAAAUCUUUAGGUAUUUUGAAUCCAAAUAUCAAAAAAAUCAGGUGAAAUUUGAGGGAGAUGGCGAGGUUCUGUUCCCUAUAAUGGAUGAUGAUGAUUUUAGAUCUAUUUUGAGGAGUUCAACUGUGGAUGUCUGGACUUUCAUAGACAAGACAAUCUCUGUUGCCUCCUCCGACUACAAAAACAAAUUGAAAGAUCGAAGAGAUGGAAUCAUUGAGCGGCUUUAUAUACCUACGAUUCCCCGUUGUAAGAACUGUGAUCUUGAUUCGAUGAAGUCAAAUAACAAAGAGAUUAAGAAAGUACAGCAACGAUCUUCUUCCAUUGAAAAAGAAACCAGUAGCCAUGAGGGAAAAGGAGGUUCUCCAAAGGGAGCUUCUCCUUCGCCUCCACCGUCACUUGAUGAUGGCGAUGAUGGCGACGAUGAUAGAGAUCGGAGCUAUGGAAUUGACCAAGAACAGACGAUUCUCAAUAUUAAGGAACUUUUCGAAGAUCGUAAUGAGUUCGAAGAUUCUCUGAUAAAUCUAUUACAAAGCCUAGUAGACAUGGAUAUAACAUUCAAAGCUCCUAAGAAAGUGCGACGGAUUUAGGGUGGGAAGAAGAAGAAGAAGAUGAUGAUGAUGAUGGAGGAGGUGGGGGUAAUUCUGUCUUUUUGGAUUUUAAAACUAACAUCUCUAACAGUGUCAAUUUUAUCAGUUUAAAUGUAAUAAAUAAAUUUUUAGGGAAUAAUAUAAUUAGGGAAAAUGGCAUGGGAGAUUGAUGUAAAUGAUCCUUAUUAUUAUUACAUGAAAAAACCCAUCAUGAGAUAAGGGGAGCAAAUAUCUUCCUAGCAAAACAGAGUUUAGCCAGAGGUUAGAGUUGAAAAGUCAAUUACACAGAGAGAAAGAGCCAUGCAUGGAGGGAGUGAACAUUUUUCAUUCAUUGAUAUUUUGAAAUAGAAAUUUCACUCUAAGAAAUAACUCAAAGAGGAAUGAUAUAGUCCAAUACCCAAUAGAUCUCAGUGUUGAGAGUAUUUGAAUUUAUAGCUAAGAUGAGCUAUUGUGAGUGACUGUCAUAGAUGAAGCCGAAUGAAGUGAAACGUUGAGCCUUAAUUAGCUUGUGAGAUAAUGUUGUAACACUUUGAUUUCAUUAAUUUGGACACAAUAUUGUUCUCUUUGAUC